UGCCGGCUGAGAAUGAGGGAGGCACCACCACCGCCCCCACCACCAUCGGUCGCCGCCAGGAACUUGUUUUAGCUCCGGCAGCCACCUUUCCUUUCUGCAGUAACUUUGCCUGAAAGAUGCGCCAGUUCUAAGGUUGCUCUCCUUGAUGCGUGGCUAAAGCUUUUGUGGGCUUUCCUCAAUUCUACCAGCAGAGUUAUGGUCGAGAGAUGAUUGUUUUCUGUAAGACUCCUAGAUUGCGUGCAUAUUGUUCUUUCUUUCUCUCUCCCUCGGCGCGGUUGGCGCCAGAUCUUCUCAGCAGCGGGAAAAGACGCGCAAAGAUUUCUCCCGACUGUCCGAUUACUGAGAUAUAACUUUACAUGUUUUGCGAGUAGAGCGAGUCAUUUUCGUUUGCUUGGUGGUGAAGACAGAAAUUCUUCUCGACCUUGCGUUUUGGUGCCGCUGUUUCCACGGCUGUAUAUCUAUGUUUUUUUGAAUGGCUGCACCAUGGCUACCGCAACGAUGGUUUGCAGAGUGCAGUUUCUGGACGACACCGAUCCUUUCAAUAGUACUAAUUUUCCUGAACCCACCCGGCCUCCCCUCUACUCCUUCAGGGAAGACAUCCCCCUGGUCACCCAACUGGCCGGGGUCCACCGCCUGCUAAAAGCUCCGCAAAAGCUUGAUGAUUGUGCACUGCAGUUGUCUCACAAUGGUACCUACUUGGAUUUAGAAUCUACUCUAGCUGAGCAAAAGGAUGAGUUGGAAGGUUUCCAGGGAGAAUUUGGUAGGGGCAAAAAACACAGCAUAAUUCUGAGAACCCAACUUUCAGUCCGAGUCCAUGCCUGCAUUGAGAAAUUGUACAACUCAAAUGGACGGGAGUUAAGGCGGGCCCUCUUCUCCUUGAAACAGAUAUUUCAAGAUGACAAGGAUUUGGUUCAUGAAUUUGUUAUAGCAGAAGGCCUGGCUUGUUUAAUAAAAGUGGGAGCUGAGGCAGACCAGAACUACCAGAAUUACAUCUUGAGAGCACUGGGACAAAUUAUGCUGUAUGUUGAUGGGAUGAAUGGACUAAUAAAUCACAAUGAAACCAUCCAGUGGUUGUACAUACUCAUUGGGUCUAAGUUUCGCCUGGUUGUAAAGACAGCACUGAAAUUGUUUCUUGUUUUUGUGGAGUAUACGGAAUCCAAUUCAUCCCUUCUUAUUGAAGCAGUGGCUACUGUCGAUGCAAAAAGGGGUCUCAAGCCAUGGUCCAGUGUCAUGGAGAUUUUGGAGGAAAAGGAUGGACUUGAUACAGAGUUACUAGUUUAUGCAAUGACUUUAAUAAAUAAGACAUUAUCUGGCUUGCCAGAUCAAGAUUCUUUUUAUGAUGUUAUUGACUGUCUAGAAGAGCUGGGGAUGGAAAAAAUUUCCCGGAAGCAUCUGAACAAGAAAGGAUCAGAUUUGGAUUUAAUAGAGCAAUUCAACAUUUAUGAGAUGACAUUGAGACAUGAAGAUGGUGAUGCUAGUGGAGAACCUCUUCCUAUUGCCUGCAAAGACAGAAGAAGGGCCAGUCUUGGUUCCAGUGAACGAAGAGGGCUGGAACGUAGGAAGAGCAGGAGGCAUUCCAUUCAGAGUGUCAAGAAUACUUUAUCAGCCCCUGCUAGCCCCUGCACUCAUUCAAGCCCUAAUUUCAUGUGUGGCCAUAGACAGAGCACUGAAGAAUGUAGUGAGAAAGAGAAGGCUUAUGACAAGGAUGAAGAACAGCCAGUCAUAGAGCCUGGUACAGAGGAUGAGAGGGAGGAAGAGGCUACGGGGCAGGUCAAUGCCAGUGGGUUCUCAGAAAUACGGAAGGUUAAACAUGCUCCACAGAAUUCUGAUACUUCAGUCAUCUCAGGUGUUAUUUCUCAGGAUGAAAGGCUUCCCAUGAACUGUAGAACAAAUAUUUCCAGUAGCUCAUCAUCCCUUGAUUCAGUUGCUUUGCAUCCUUUUUCUCAUCAUUCAUCACCCUCCUCAUCUUUCAAAAUUAUUUCCCAAAAUUCAUCAUGUAUUACUCCAAAGACAUCUCCAAAUGUUGAGAAAUUACCUUAUUUACCACAUAGUCCCUUUCACCUGUUCUCUUAUGAUGUUGAAGAGCCUCAAACAGCAAUGAAAGAAAAGGAGGCAGAAGAGUUCAGAGAAAACAGGACAUCUUUGGGUGGUCUCCUUACAUCAUCAUAUAGGCAACACCAAGAGUCCUUGGCAGUAGAAAGAGAACGGAGACGUCAAGAGAGAGAGGAGAGGCUGCAAAGAAUAGAACGUGAAGAGAGAAACAAAUUCAAUCAAAAUUAUCUAGAUAAAAGAGAAGAGCUGAGACAAGCAAGAGAAGAGAGAUAUAAACACUUGGAGAAAUUGGCAGCUGAAGGAUGUGAAAAGGAGCUGAGAAAUCGAAAUUUAUGUUGGGACAGGAGUGACUUAUCCUUGAAUUUGGGUGGUUCUUCAAUCCCAACUGUUACCAUUCCCAAGUGUGCCAGCCCAGGUUCAACAGAUUCACAUAAGAAACCAUCAACUUGUGUGACUUCUUGCAUAACAUCACAAAUUCUAGAAGUGAGUGCCAGUCAAUUUGAAUCUGAACCUGAACCUGAAGCCAAGGGAGAAACAAAAUCAGAGCAGGAAGAUGAGCCCAAGUUCAAGCAGGGAACAGAAACACUCAAAGCAGUAAAAGGUGCAGAGGUAGAAGUGGGUCGAGAGCCAGAGAAAGAAGAAGUUGCAUUAAGUGAAAAAGAAAGGCAAAAUGAAGAUGUGAAUGAAAAAGACAACUGCUCGGCAUCCAGUCUCUCUUCAGCAAGCAGCACUUUAGAGAGGGAAGAACCAGAGCAAAAACUAAGCAAUAAAGAUAACGCUGGCCCAUGUUUGCAAUCCAUACAAGAUGAUGAUGAUGAUGUGAAUGACCAAUACAACAACAUCCUCAACAAUAAACGGUUCAUGCUGGAUAUGCUGUAUGCCCAUAAUAACUUGCCUUUUACCAAGGAUGAAAGAGUUAAAGAUUUGGAGGCAAAGAUAGAUAUAAAGAAGGUGUUGAAUGCAAGUGAUGAUACUGUUAUCAGCCUACCUAGCAGGAUUUCAGUUCUACAAACUAGUAAGCAGGCCAAAGAUGAAUGUAUAAAAAAAAUGGAAAUUGGAAGUUUGGAAAAUCAAGGCAAUGUGAAGAUCUUUGCAGAAAGAUUCAACAGUGGUGAUGUGGCCAAAAUUUCUAAUUUACCUGAAAAUAAUCUUAAUGAAAAGAUUUCUGAAAAAAAACCACUGCAAGUUAAAACAGAAUCUGACUUUAUUUGGGAUCAACUCUUGGCUAGUCCAAGAAAAUUGAAAAUCAAAGAUAUGGAUUUCACAGAUUUAGGAGAUGAGGAUGAUAUUGACAUAUUGGAUAUACAGAUCAGUCCUAGUGAUUCCCUGGUUCCUCCUCCCCCACCUAUACCUUCUGUUUUAGGUUUUCCUCCUCCACCCCCUCCAUUGCUUUAUAGAUGUCCUCUUCCACCCCCACCUUCUGGUAAUUUAUUGGCUCCAUGUCUGUCCAGCGCUCCUCAAGGUUUAGUGUCAUCCCCACUUCCUAGAGAUCAAGCAAACUUUAUAAAAAAGAAGAAAACCAUUCGUCUCUUUUGGAAUGAGGUGAGGCCAUUUGAAUGGCAGUGCAAGAAAAACAGACAUUGCAAAGGAUUCCUGUGGUCAAAACUAGAGCCUAUUAAAGUAGACACUGCCAAAUUAGAACACCUCUUUGAAACUAAAUCCAAGGAUCUUCCUAUCACAAAGAAAACUGCUGCAGAUGGCAAGAGGCAAGAAAUCAUUGUCCUGGAUUCCAAGCGGAGCAAUGCUAUUAAUAUAGGGCUGACUGUAUUACCACAUCCAAGGACAAUCAAGGUUGCCAUUUUGAACUUUGAUGAAUAUGCCUUAAAUAAGGAAGGAAUAGAGAAAAUUCUUACAAUGAUUCCCACAGAAGAGGAAAAGCAGAAAAUACAAGAAGCUCAGUUAGCCAAUCCUGAUAUCCCUCUGGGUACUGCUGAACAGUUCCUACUGACUCUGUCUUCCAUUACUGAACUGACUCCUAGACUUCAGCUCUGGGCAUUUAAAAUGGAUUAUGAGCUUGUGGAAAAGGAGAUUGCAGAACCACUUUUGGACCUAAAGGAAGGAAUGGACCAGUUAGAGAACAAUGCUACCUUUGGAUUUAUUCUUUCUGCUCUCUUAGCUAUUGGAAAUUUUCUCAAUGGAACCAAUACCAAAGCCUUUGAACUAAGCUACCUUGAGAAAGUGCCUGAAGUCAAAGACACAGUCCAUAAACAAUCUCUUCUUCAUCAUGUAUGCACAAUAGUGGUGGAAACAUUUCCAGAUAGCACAGAUCUUUAUUCUGAAAUUGGAGCUGUCACUAGAUCAGCCAAGGUUGACUUUGAACAGCUUCAGGAUAACUUAUGUCAAAUGGAAAAAAGAUGCAAAGCAUCAUGGGAUCAUUUGAAGGCCAUUGCGAAGCAUGAAAUGAAAUCAACAUUAAAGCAGAAAAUGUCAGAGUUUCUUAAAGACUGUGCAGAAAGAAUAAUAAUUUUAAAAAUUGUCCACAGGAGAAUAAUCAACAGGUUCCACUCCUUCUUGUUAUUUUUGGGCUAUCCUCUUUAUGCAAUCCGUGAAAUCAACAUCAAUAAAUUCUGCAAAAUUAUUUGUGAAUUUGCACUGGAGUAUCGUACCACCAGGGAACGGGUUUUGCAACAGAAACAGAAGCGAGCCAACCACAGAGAAAGGAACAAAACCAGAGGGAAAAUGAUCACAGAUACAGAUGAAGAAGAUGACAUUGAGUGUGGAAAAUUCUCUAGUAGCUCUCCAACACCUCAAAAUCAACUGCAAGGGCUCCAAGAUGCUGAAGAUGCUGUAGAACAUGAGAACAUGAAAGCUGUUCUGAAGAUAUCAUCUCCAACUGGAGAGAACAUUGCAUUAGGAAUGCGCACUCGAUCCAGGGCCAGUCAAGUUUCAGGCAAUGCAGGUUCAUGGAACCCUAGCAACGAUGAUUUGACUAAUGCUACAGACAAUGCAGCAGAUGAAAUAAUGGAUCGUAUUGUCAAGUCUGCCACACAAGUACCAAGUCAGCGUGUAGUGCCCAAAGAAAGGAAGCGAUCAAGAGCAAACAGGAAGUCAAUAAGGAGGACAUUGAAGAGUGGAUUGUCUCCAGAAGAAGCCAAAGCUUUGGGUCUGAUGGGUACUUCAGAGAUGCAAGUGUGAUUACAGCAAUUAAAUCUGCUAAAGGGAAAAAAAUCUUCCUCUUUUUUUUUCAUGCACACAUGCCAUCAACAGUCUUCAAAUGCAACACCCCUCUGCCAGUUUCAGCUGCUAUUUGUUUUGUCCCACUGCUGCCUGACACUGAAUCAAAUAAUAAACUUAAAAUUAGUAAACUAAUCUUGUAAUCUUGUAA